AUGUUGUCACAGGUGUACGCGUCCCCCAGCCGCCGCAAGAUGGACACCAAGGGCGAGGGUGAAGAGAUGACGUAUCCACACAUUUGCUUCAUGGUGGACAAUUUUGAUGAGGUAUUUUGCGACAUAGUGGUACGCGAUGGUGAGAUGGUGUGCGUGGAGCUGGUGGCUCGUGGACGAGGCUGUGCGGCGCAGGCUGUCAUCUUCCUUGGCUCGAUACGCUACGAUAUUCUCACUAGGGUCUAUGAUUCCAGGCAAACCUCAUUAUCCACGAAGGUGGCCCAACGCAUGUCCUUUGGUCUUCUUGGAGGUAAAACUGCCGCGCGCUGUGAGUUCGUACGCAUGAAAGGGCCAAGCGGCAAGGGUCACGCCGAGAUGGCGGUGUCGAGACCUCGGACAGCUGGUCUUGACACACCCACGUCGGAACCUGGACUGUCAGCCACUGACAUGUGGGACAGCGAUUGGGAUGAAGACCCUGAAGAGAUGUUCAUGUAUAGACACCAGCGUCGCCUCAGCGAUCCAUCAGCGAACAUCAACAACUUCGCCCGCGGCGGUUGGCGUACCCGAGACUCCCACGACAAGUCACGUUCAGAAAAUGAGGGACUGGAUUCCCUUGUCAACGGGAUUGCAGAAGUCGAAGCAGGGGACCUUCGGGAUGAGCGGCGCACACAGGCUUCCUCCGCGCCGAGCCGCCCCCGCGCCGCGCCGCACAUGCGGGACGUGUACCGCCGCGCUCCCGACGACGUGUCGUCCCCCGCCUGCCUCGCCACCGUCACGCCGCGCCGCCGCAGCGCGCGCUCCGCGCCCGGCCCGCCGCCGCUGCGCCGCUCCGCCGCCCUCGACCCCGCCGCGCCCUCCCCCGCCGACUGCGAGCUGGCCGCCGACGCCGCGGCCCUGGAGUCGCCCGCGCCUCGCGGCGACACGCGGACGCCGUGCGGCGGGGCCGCGCGAGUCGUGUGCGGGGAGGAGGAGCUGCCGGCCGACGAGGCGGAGGGCGGCGGGCCCAACAGGGGCGCGCGGGCCUACUGCACGCUGCCGCGCAAGCUGCGCGGGGUGGCGUCGGCGCUGUACCGCGACGUGGCGCUGCCGCCGCGCCGCACCACGCCGGACGGCACCGACAUCUACUACUGGUGCGAUGCGCCGCGGAGACGUCGCCGCGCCGAGCUGGACGACGGCGCGUACAACCCGCUGUGGGCGAUGCGCGGCUUCACACAGACCUUCGCGCUGUGGAAGGAGGGCAAGCGCCAGCAGUCCACCCCCCUCAACGCCUACCUCACAUACGUCACGCUGCCUUGGUGGAGCAUCGCUAAGGAUAUCCUAGACCACCGCGAGGAACCAGUACUGACAUUCUGA